AUGUGGGAUAAGUCUCCCGCCUUCGCGCUGCUCCAGCUCGCUGGAGUGGCCUUAAGUGCGCCAUCCGGUGGCGCGAACUCAACUAGCUACAUCACCAGCGACACCGUAUUCUAUGGACUGUCCCCGCCGGUUUAUCCAUCCCCGGACGCAAAUGGCACGGGAGACUGGGCUGCCUCCUACGCGAAGGCACGGGCGUUUGGGGCCCAGCUCUCGCUAGAGGAAAAGGUCAACAUGACCUCCGGGGCCAGCUCCACGCUCGUGAAUAAUGGGUGCUCCGGAAACAUUCAGCCCAUAGAGCGUCUUGGCUUUCCGGGCAUGUGCGUGACUGAUGCGGGUCAGGGAGUGAGAAAUGCCGAUUUUGUGAAUGGAUGGUCCACGGGUCUGCAUGCUGGAGCUAGCUGGAAUAAAGAGCUGGUCCGCGAGAGAGCGAUACACCUUGGAACGGAAUUCCGCGUGAAGGGUGCCAACAUGAUGCUAGGCCCUGUCGUAGGUCCUAUGGGCCGGAUUGCUACCGGUGGCAGAGUGUGGGAGACCUUUUCGGUGGAUCCAUAUCUGGCUGGGAAGUUGGUCUACAGCACCGUUGUGGGCGUGCAGUCUGUUGGUGUGGCCACUUCGACGAAGCAUUUCAUCGGAAAUGAGCAAGAGACCAACCGCAUGCCAUCAACCGAUGACAAUGGCCUGUACGUUCAGGCUGUUUCGUCCAACAUUGACGACAAGACCCUUCACGAUUAUUACCUUUGGCCGUUUAUGGAUGCUCUGGUAGCCGGAACUGCAAGCGUCAUGUGUAGCUAUCAGCGCCUGAACAACUCAUACUCCUGCCAGAACAGCAAGCUCAUCAACGGAAUCUUGAAAACAGAGCUUGGGUUCCAAGGCUAUGUGAUCUCGGAUUGGACGGCUCAGCACGCCGGAGUCGCUUCGGCCAAUGCUGGUCUCGAUCUCGCGAUGCCGGACGAAGGCUUUUGGAUGGCUAAUCUGACACAGGCCGUCAACAAUGGAUCCGUCGCUGUCUCGCGGUUGGAUGAUAUGGUCACCAGAUUGAUGGCUACAUGGUACUAUCUUGACCAGAACUCCACCGUCCCCAGCCCGGGAAUUGGAAUCCCCACCAAUCUGCAAAGUGAGCAUGCCGUUGUCAAUGCCCUAACGCUCAAGUCGAAGGACACCCUUCUCAAAAGUGCCAUUGAGGGCCACGUUCUCGUCAAGAACGAGAACAAUGCUCUUCCCUUGAAAAAGCCCCAGAUGAUCUCGGUCUUCGGUUACGAUGCCGUGGCGCCCACGAGUUUGGACUUCUCUUCCACCAUCUACACCACCACCCCCUCCUAUGUCAACUACACGCUGUGGUGUGCUGGCGGCUCCGGUGCCAGCAACCCUCCUUAUAUCGAUGCUCCGAUCGACGCCCUCAAGCGCCAGGCACGCGAAGACAGUACCCAGGUGGCUUGGGACUUUGAGUCGCAAGAUCCGACCGUUGACACCUCCAGCGAAGCCUGCCUGGUGUUCCUCAACGCCUAUGCGAUCGAGGGUGCGGAUCGCGUCAACCUGCGGGAUAGUUACAGCGACACCCUCGUGACCAACGUCGCUUCCAAGUGCAACAACACAAUUGUCGUGAUCCACAACUCCGGCAUCCGCCUGGUGGACACUUUCAUCGAACACCCCAACGUCACAGCCGUGAUCUUUGCCCAUAUGCCCGGCCAGGACACCGGUGGCGCGCUCGCUGACCUGCUCUAUGGGCGCUCCAACGCGUUCGGCCGCCUGCCGUAUACGGUUGCGAAGGACGAGAGUGACUACGGGGCCCUGCUGUUCCCCGCUGAGCCGGCCGGCAUCUAUAAGAUGUUCCCGCAGAGCAAUUACAAGGAGGGAUCGUACCUCGACUAUCGCGCCUUUGACCAGAAGAACAUCACCCCACGCUACGAGUUCGGUUUUGGUUUGACGUACACGACCUUUGAGUACUCGGGCCUGAAGAUUGAGCUGAAGAAGAAGGCGUCGUUCGCGGCCUACCCACCGACCAAGGUGAUCCGGCAGGGCGGCAACGUAAACCUGUGGACGGAGUUGGUUACUAUUUCGGUGACCUUGGAAAACACGGGACCUGUCGCUGGUGAUGAGGUGCCGCAGUUGUACCUCGGCAUCCCGAAUGCGCCCGCGCGCCAGCUGCGCGGCUUUGAGAAGGUCACCAUCGAGGCGGGCAAGAAGACCCGCGUGGAGUUCUCCGUUACCCGUCGGGAUAUGAGUGUGUGGGAUGUUGUGCAUCAGGAGUGGCAUCUACAGAGCGGGGAGUACCGGGUUUAUGUUGGUCGAUCGAGUCGGGAUCUUCCUCUGACUGGAUCUUUCUCGGUGUGA